AGAGAAGGGCCGUGGAAGAACGGGGGCGAUGGAGGGAUGUGAGAACUCAAAAAGGCCGGGGUUAGAGAAUGGAGGACAGGGAAUAGUUCCGCCGGUUUCUGCUUUGUCGUCAUGUCUCUUUUGCUCUGGUUGUGUCGCGAUUCUGCUUCUCUUACUUCUUCCUGUCCGCCUCGUUUCCUGCACAGUUGGGCCAACUCAAACUGCUCUCCUCACUCCCCCGUCUGAUCUGAGCUCGUAGUCGAGCUUCAGGUUCGGGUAUCCGCCUUCACAAUGGGCGUCAGUGACCCGGAAAAGCAUCUCGGUGUCUUGCCAUCCCCCACCGAAUCUGCCCCGCAUGGAGUCAAAGAGAUCCCUUCCGUCGCCUCGCAGCAUCUGGACGACAAUUACGCCCUCUUUGAAAGGGCGCGAGAUCUCGAAGUCGAUCCUGCAGAGGCCAAGAGGGUCUUGCGGAAGAUCGAUUUCCGCAUCAUCCCCAUCCUGUUCGUGACUUAUAUGCUGCAGUAUUUGGAUAAGAACUCCAUCAACUUCUCCAGCGUCUAUGGAUUGCAGAAAGGGACCCAUCUGAAGGGCCAGGACUAUUCAUGGCUGGGAUCCAUUUUCUAUUUUGGGUAUCUCGCCUUCCAGUUUCCCUCUGGCUACCUACUCCAGCGCUUCCCCAUCGGCAAGUUCCUCUCCUACACCACCAUUAUCUGGGGAAUCAUCCUCAUCACGACCCCGGCCUGCCGCUCCUUCGGAGGCAUAGCCACCAACCGUUUCUUCCUCGGCGGCCUCGAGGCUGCCGUCAACCCUGGCUUCGUGCUCCUCAUGUCGAUGUGGUACACCUCGGCCGAGCAGCCCUUACGUCUCGAGAUAUACUACUGCACCAAUGGGAUCGCGACCAUGUUCGGGGGCCUCAUCGGCUACGCCGUAGGACAUAUCACGACCGGUCUUCAGAGAUGGAUGUACGUCUUCCUGAUCUUUGGCGCCAUCUCCAUCUUCUGGGGCAUCGUCUCACUCAUCGUCCUCCCUGAUCUCCCCUCGACCGCCAAGUUCCUGACCGAGCGAGAACGUCUGAUCGCAGUCCACCGCGUCGCUUCCAACAAGCAAGGCGUGAAGAACCGCCACUUCUCCAAGCACCAAGCCCUCCAAACCGCCACCGACCCCAAGACCUGGAUCCUCUUCAUCAUGGCCAUCGGCGCCCAGGUCCCCAACUCCGCCAUCACCUCCUUCACCAGCAUCAUCGUCGGCUCCUUUGGCUUCGGCACCCUCGGCACCCAAUACCUCCAGAUCCCCGGCGGCGCCGUCCAGUUCCUCGCCCUCAUCAUCGGCGGCUACAUCUGCACGCGCUGGCCGCACAACACGCGCUGUGCCACCAUGGUCGUCGCCAACAGCAUCUGCAUCAUCGGCUCCGGCCUGCUCGUCGGCCUCCCCACCUCCAACAAAUGGGGCCGCCUUGUCGCCCUCUGGCUUUGCUACUUCCAAGGCCUCGGCUUCUCCAUGUCCCUAACCAUGGUAUCUAGCAAUGUCGCCGGCUACACUAAGAAACAACUCACCGCCGCGGUCCUCUUUACCGGCUACUGCGUUGGGAAUAUCAUCGGCCCUCAGACUUUCAUCGCUAGUGAAGCACCCCACUAUCACAGCGCCUACAUCGCAAUGCUAGUCGGCUACUCCGUCAAGCUCGCCAUGGUCCUCCUCCUCUACAUCUAUAUGUAUCGAUCGAACGUGGCACGCGACGCGGCGGCGGCGGGAGGCGAAGCCGACCCCGACCGCGAAGAGGACCGCGAAGCGAUCGAGAACGGAAUGUUAGAUAUGACAGAGAUUGAUAAUCGCGGGUUUCGAUAUAUUCUAUGAUUCAUCUGUUAUGUGCGAUUUGAGAUACCUACCUACUUGAGAUAUGAGAUAUGGAUGUUUAUAUACCUAUACAUAUACCUAACGAAAAGCCCUCAAAAAAAAAGAAACAUGAAUAUAAAUAAACCAGACUGUCAGUCC